AUGCCACCAAAGAAGCGCCCAGGACGUUCAUCCAGAAGCGGAGCUAUGGAAGAGAGACAGACACCUGACCACACCCUCCCCUCCGCCAGGGAGCCUCCCGACAAUGGAUCCGUCCAGUUUAUCUCCAGUGGACCUAAAGGCAAAACGACGUCUCCCCCAACGUUCACAUCCUUCCAAGUCCCUGCCGGCUCAAAAUCCAUCCCGUGUUUACGCAGCUAUCCGCCAUCCUCGUCUCCCAUGUCACUGGUCUUCACGCACGGCGCAGGUGGAGGACUCUCGGCCCCAGCGAUGAUGAAUUUCAUGCACGGCUUUGCGUCGACCGGCUCCACCAUUACCUGCUUCCAAGGAAACAUGAAUCUCAAGGGCCGAGUGGCCAUGUUCGCGACAGUCUUGGACUACGAGAAAGAAGAGGCAAUGAAGAAAAACGCAACCAUGGAUGUCGCAGGUCUAGCUUUCGGUGGUCGGAGCAUGGGUUCUCGUGCCGCUGUCAUCGCGUCUCAUACCCACGAAUCCAUCAACCUCCUGGUGCUCGCUUCCUAUCCACUUGUCGGGCCUGGUGGAGACGUCAGAGACCAGAUCUUAUUGGACAUCAGACCGGAGGUGCAAGUUUUGUUCAUCUCUGGCGACGGGGACUCGAUGUGUGACUUGGCGCAGUUGGCGAAGCUGAGGGGAAAAAUGAAAGCGAAGACCUGGAUGGUGGUGGUGAAAGGGGCAGAUCAUGGGAUGAAUUUGAAGAAGGGCACUGAGGAAGUUGGAAAGGAGACCGGACGCAUUGCGGCAAGAUGGAUUCGAGAAAGAGAUGAGGGCCUCACGGAAAUGGUCCUGAGAUGGGAUGGGCCGAGUGAACAAGUGGUUGGCGCAUGGGGGGACAAUGAUGCUCAGGCAGGAGAAGGCCAAUCGGCGCCUGUGAAAGGUGGAAUCAAAAGAUACUUCGCGAAGACAGAAGAUAAGCAGUCGUCCUCUGAAGCGAAGCGGAAACGGACAAUGAAGUGA